AUGUCCAUCCCAACCCUUGAGUCUAUUCCUACACCGCCUCCCUCUUCUUCCUCUUCACCAAAGAACCCUUUCCAUCCGGCUCUCGCAGUAACCAAUAUCAAGAACCACAUCCCCAUUGUUCUUGAGCUGGAAAACGUUCAAUUUGGUACAUGGGUUGAACUUUUCAAAAUCCAUGCUCGCUCUCAUAAGGUCCUCCAUCAUAUCAUUCCUCCAGCACCAGGCAUGGAGACGACGACCCUUGCAACUGAUGAUGAGAAAGAACUGUGGACAACUCUUGAUGCAACGGUUCUACAGUGGAUCUAUUCCAAUAUCUCUAGCGACCUUUUGGCUACCAUCAUUGAACCAGACUCCACUGCCAUGGAGGCCUGGAAUCGAUUGACCAACAUCUUCCAAGAUAAUCAAGACGCUCGUGCAGUUACUCUCGAGCAGAAGUUUUCCUCCAUUCGCAUGGAGGAUUUUCCCACCGCUUCCGCCUAUUGUCAGCGACUCAAAAUGAUUUCUGACCAAUUGAAAAACGUUGGAGCCCCUGUAUCUAAUCAGAGACUCGUUCUUCAGCUUGUUUCCGGCCUCACUGAUGCAUACAAAGGGGUCGGAACACUGAUUCGGCAAAGCAAUCCUCUUCCUCAAUUUUAUCAGGCCCGCUCUAUGCUUACUCUUGAAGAAGCCGGUCUAAUUAAGAUGGCGGCGACAGGUGCUCAGGCUGCCAUGAUUGCGGCACAACCGAAGGACCUUACUGAAGCCUCCUAUUCCACUGAUAACCGCGACGGCAAGAAGAAUAGCAACUGA